UAGGUGCUGGCAGAGAUUGUCUCAAUAGACAGUUUUAGGGAGUGGUGCUACUUAGGGUGCACGUGAUGCAACAAAAAGGUGGUCCCUGAGGAAAACAGAUUUAGAUGUGCAUCAUGCAGCAUCACUCUGGCAGAAGGUGUUCUAAGAUACGAAGUGAGCAUCUGUGUUAUGGAUGAUAUUGGUCAUGCCUCAUUCACUCUAUGGGACAAAGAGUGCUCUGAAAUUCUGGGGAAGUCAGCAGCGAGAUUGAGGAGGGAAGUCAUGGAGAAAACGGGAGAUCCUAACCAUUUUCCUGAAGAGAUUGAGGCUGUUAUUGAGAAAAAAGGUUUAUUCAAAGUCCAAGUCAAGAACAAGCCAGAAGGAUGCUCUUAUAACGGAACGAGUUCAUUUGGGGUGUUGUCUAUGUUCAGAGACCCGGCUAUUUUGGCAAUGUAUAAGUCAAAUGAAGGAGAAACUAUGGAAUUUGAUGAGCUAGAGGACAAGGA